UCUCCGUCCACGCCGCCUCGUCGCCGUGCCUCCUUAGUCUCCUCGUUGCCACGGGCCUGCCAUGCGAGUCUCGUCGCCCCUGCUGCGCACGGCGCUGCCCGCGCCGCUGCGGCCGCUCUCUCGCGCCUCGCUCGCUCCGCCUCCACAUGCCCCCGCCGCCCCGCACCGCCUGGCGUCGCGCCUGACGCCCAGUGCCUACACCGGCACGCGCCGCCACGCCGAGGCACCCGCUGACGACGAGGCGCCCGCGCCCACGGCCGACCUCACCACCACCGAUCCGCUCGAGCACUAUCUCGCCGCCGUGGCGCGGGGCGAGGUGCGCAGAGACGAGGAGCAGAUUCGCGUCAUGGCAAAGCUGCGAGACCUGACGCGUCGGCUGAGCGACUAUACGCCGCCCGCCCAUCUGCUCUCCCAUCUCUCGCGGCGCGCCGCUUCUCCUGCCUCCAGCACACCCUCUGCAGCGGCACGCGGCGGCGCAGUGGAUGCGUCGCAGGUGCGCGAGCUCGUCGCCUAUCUCUCCGAGGCACAGACGCUCGCCUCGCUCGACACGCCGCGCGGCAUCCUCCUCACCGGGCCGCCGGGGCGCGGCAAGACAAUGUGCCUCGACGCGUGGUACGAGGCGCUGCCGGUGCGCGGCAAGUUCAGGAGACAUUAUCAUCACUUGCUCCUCACCAUCUAUCGCCUCAUCUGGGCCGAAGCCGAACGCAGACGACAGCUGCGCAACACUGCCGUUCCCUUCCUGUCUUCCUCGGCGAGCAGCGGCGACUCGACGUCCUCGGGGCCUCGCUCGCCUCAGCGCGGCACGGGGACCGUCUGGCAGCGCGCCUCGGCGGCCACGACGAGCGAGGCAGACGACACGUUGCGCUCCGGCACAGGUCAGCUGUGGAAGCGCGCACUGAAGGGCAUGCCGUUCUACAGGCCAGACGCCAUGAGUGGCAAAGGCGGCAAUGCGGGGAGUGAUCUGGACGAGCCACUGCCGCCGGGCGCUCCGCUGCAGGACGGACAGGGCACGGAGAGGAGCUUGGCGCUGCAUGCCGCCGCCACUCUCUUUCUGCAGCACGGCCACGUGCUUCUCUUCGACGAGCUGCAGCUCGUCGACGUCACGUCGGCCUCGCUGCUGCGCCAGAUUCUCACGGCCUACUGGUUCCUCGGCGGCGUCCUCGUCGGCUCCUCGAACCGCCUGCCCGAGGAUCUCUUUGCCAACCACGUGCAGCGCCGCGCGCUCACCGAGUUUCUCAUGGCGCUGCGAGAGCGCUGCGAAGUCGUCGAGAUGGGCGGCCAGAGGGACUGGAGACGAAAAGGAGAGGAGGAGGAGGAGGAGGAGGAGGAGAAGGGCGAGAUGUACUUCGUACAAGGGGAGAAAGGCUUUGAAGAGGCGUGCGAGAAGUUGGUCGCUGGCAGAGAGGGCAAGGCAGCCUCAGUGACGGUGUACGGUCGGCGCGUCUUGAUUCCGCUGUCCUACGCCGCUCGCGGCUCCGCGGCGCCCGUGUGUCGCUUCACCUUUGCGCAGCUGUGCGACGUGCCUCUGGGGCCAGCCGACUACCUGACGCUGGCGUCUUCCUACCGCACCUUCAUCCUCGACGACGUGCCGCAGCUGCCGCUCUCGCACAAGAACCAGGCGCGGCGCCUCAUCACGCUCCUCGAUGCGCUCUACGAGGCCGGCUGUGCGCUCCUCGUGCGCGCCGCCGCGCCGCCCGACGGCCUCUUCUUUCCAAACGAACGCCGCGAGGCGGGAGAAGGCGCGCUGGAACUCCUCGACUCGCAGAGCAUGAUGCAGAGCGAAACGAUGAGCGAGGCACUGCAAGACACCGAGGAAGGCUUCCGCCCAAACGUCGGACGCUACAGAGAGGAGCAGGAGACGCAGGCGCAGUCCGACGCUGCCGCCGCCGCCGCCGCCGCAACCGCCAGCGCAACAGCAGCAGCGCAGGGAGAAGAGCAGGCCAAGCCGCAGAGGCGCAGAAUGCCGGGCGAGGAGAGCGAGAAGAGCGAGCGACGGCGAAAGGAGGGCAGGAAUGAGGGCUUCAUGAGUCUGGCUAUCUUCAGCGGCGAAGAUGAACGCUUUUCCUUCCAGCGUGCCGUUUCGCGUCUUCACGAGAUGUCGCGGCCAACGUGGCGCACGCGCCCCUGGCGGCCCUUUCUCGAUGUGGAAAUGUCGCAGUGGGGCUCGGGCGCCGACGCGGCGCUGCGCAUGCCCCUCUCGAAAGUGCCGCUGCCGCCGACGCCGCACGCGCACCGCGAGGCGAACCAGUUUGGCAUGGCCGAGUUCGGCGAUGAGGCCAGUUUCGCCGGCCCAACGACGCCCCUCGGCGCCACAGUCUUUGAGCCCGAGCCGCCAAACUCGCCGGCAAAGCGCAGGGCCAGCCAGGAUGGCGCGCCGGUGCUCUCGGCCGUGCACGCGUGGGGCAUGGCCGAGUGGGGGCCCAAGGCGGGCCGCUGGGGCAGAGGCGCAAGGGCAGAGGAGGAGCAAGAGGAGGAGAGAGAGGAAGAGACGCCGAGAGAGAGGAGACGCAGGUUGAGCGAGCAGAGGAGGAGACAAGAAGGAGCCGAGUAAACACACACACGAUGGGGGGUGGGGGUGGGAGGGGGUUCGACGUGGGUGCAGAGAGCGCGAAGGAUGGAGAUGCGAG